AUGCAGUGGACACUUUGACGGAAUUAUGUGUUGGCCUUCCACAAAAGCUGGAGAGAUUUCAAAACGUUUAUGCCCGGAUUAUAUACAUGGUUUCAAUACUUCAGGUUAUGCUACCAAGGAAUGUCUUCCGUCAGGAACAUGGUACUUCCAUCCCAUAUUUAAUAAAUCAUUUGCAGAUUUUGCAGGAUGUAUUCCAAAUAUUCCUUUCCCAUCUGCACCUAAACUGACUAGAAUAGAAUUAAUAAAGUCUCACAUGGCAUCAAUACAGAUCAUUUACAGAACUGGAUACGCUGUGUCAUUGGUAUUCCUCGUCAUAGCUGUUGUGGUCAUGACAAUAUUUAGUAAACUUCAUUGUCAGAGGAAUACAAUCCACAUGAAUUUGUUCCUAUCAUUUAUCUUUCGAAGUAUAAUUUGCUUCAUCAAAGACGAACAUGGAAUUCCUGAAGAAGAAACGAAUAUCAUGGAUGAAGUCCUAAGACAACUAAACUCAUCAGAUUCUUCUUGGUGGUGUAAACUUGUCCAUGCCUUGUUCUUCUAUAUCUUGGUAGCAAACUACAUGUGGAUCUUUGUCGAGGGAAUAUAUCUGCAUACACUGAUAUUUGUUACAACUUUUCACAAUAUAUCCCAUAAAAUGUUCAGAGUACUAAUAGUUUUGGGAUGGGUAUCUCCUAUUAUUUGUGUAUUGCCAUGGAUAAUUGUAAGAGUUAUACAUGAGGACACACUAUGUUGGAAUUUGCAUAAUCAAGAUAAUGGUUUCCAUUGGAUUUUACAGGGACCGAUCAUAGCAACUUUAGCCGUCAAUUUUUUCUUCUUCUUAAAUAUCAUUCGAGUGUUAUUUACCAAACUAUCGGCGACUAAUUCAAGAGACCCAAAAUGUUACAGGAAAUUAGCGAAAUCCACUCUCGUACUUAUACCUCUAUUUGGAGUACACUACAUAAUGUUCAUGGCAAUACCAAUAUGUCUUGAGCCUGAGAUGGAAGUUGCAUGGCUGUAUAUAGAACUAUUUUUCAGCUCAUUUCAGGGUUUUGCUGUGUCUAUGUUAUUCUGCUUUACACUAGAUGAGGUAAAAUCUGAAAUAAAGAAACACUGGCAGCGACACAUGUUACGAAGACAAAGUAUGACAUCAACGCGUUCAACGCGGACAUUUUCUGUGCAGUCGUCUGGGUCAGGACAUGAGCAAGAAUCACCAACUUACAAACGCCAGAACGGGUUAUCACUCAUUAUUUGUAAUAGCUUAGAAAAAGCCAUCACGAACUACGAUACAGAGACAGAACUGUAUCAUAAUAACAGUGAUGAAAACGAUGGUCUUUAUUUUGAUUCAUCUGUAAAAUUGAAGGAUGACAAUGAAAAUAUGCCCUUGUUUUCCAGCGAAAUUGCAACAGUUUUAUAAGAAUUAAAACCAACUUACACAUUAUUAUUUCCAAUCAAAAACUUUGUUUAUUUACAGUGCUAUGAAGAGUUGGCACAUUGUGAAAUCACUCAGCGUACCAUUUGAAUUCUAUUUUUAAGUGUAAUCAAAUGCUUUGACUGUAAUGUAAUUUAAUAAGUAUCUAUUGCUUAUCUUAGACGACUUUGAAAUCAUCGAGGAAAUACAAAAGAUGUUAUGUCUUAUCUGUAAUUUAAGUUUCAUGUAAUUGUUUAUUCAUUGUUUUGUCUUUAGUUGUAUAGGUACAUGUAUUUGAAAGUAUAUUUAUCGU